AUGGCUUCAUCAAAUAGACACUGGCCUAGUAUGUUCAAAUCCAAACCCACCUGCAACACUCAUCAUCACCACCAAUGGCAAUCUCACGACUCCAACAAUCUCCUAUCUUCUGCCUGUCACAGAUCUCCUUACACGUCCGGAUGCGAAGAGAGAAGCCCGGAACCGAAGCCAAGGUGGAACCCAAAACCUGAACAAAUCCGAAUCCUUGAAUCCAUUUUCAACUCUGGAAUGGUGAAUCCUCCGAGAGACGAAAUCAGAAAAAUCCGAGCGCAACUUCAAGAAUAUGGACAAGUUGGUGAUGCGAACGUGUUUUACUGGUUCCAAAACAGGAAGUCUAGAAGCAAACACAAGAGCCGACAUCUCCAAAAAACCCAAAACCACCAAUCUUUUCCGGUGUCUGCUGCCACCACAAAGGUGGUCACCACCUCCUCUUCGUCUUCAUCGGAAAAGUCAUCCUCGAAGUCAAUCGAGUUUCUCCUGAACUCCCCCACAGCUUCAGUAAACCAACAACCACAUGCCUACUUUGGCGGUGGAGGGACGGGUUACCACCACCAACACCAUAGUGAAUUCUCGCAAGAACCCUUCUUUUUCACCACAGUUCAACAACCACCACCGCCACAACCACCUAUCACCACCACUUCCAGUUUCACACAAGGGUUUUCUUUCUCGGAGUUGGGAAAUGCGAUUAGUCAAGAUCAUAAUCAUGGAAAUCUUGAUCAAACUGUUGGGAGUAGUUCUGGGAUGAUGCUAACUGAUUUGAUGAUGAUGACUCGCCAAAAUGGUAUCUCAAAGAACACUACUAACAAAGGUGUUGAAGAAGAAAAAAUGGCGAAAAUGUCAACGUACAAUUUCUCUCAACCUUCAGCUCCGGCUUCCAUUGUGACUCCAAAUCAUCCUCCUCCUACUACUACUACUGUUCCAUCCACAGUAAAUGAUAUCCGAGGUGCAGGUUUGGAGGAACCAGGACAUGGGAAAUCAACGGUAUUCAUCAAUGAUGUGGCAUUUGAGGUAGCAUUUGGUCCGUUUAAUGUGAGGGAGGCGUUUGGUGAUGAUGCGGUGUUGAUACACUCUUAUGGACAGCCAGUGGUUACCAACGAGUGGGGGGUAACUCUUCAGUCUCUCCAGCAUGGUGCAUUUUAUUACUUGGUGCGCUCAUUCUCAUAUGAUCAAUCCAGCACCAUAGACUUGAUUUAA